GAGAUUCCAGACAGUAGUGCAAACAGCGUCGUCGUGAGUGUAGUUGAUAUGCAUAACGCAUGAGUAUCAGAAUAAUAGUGAUAUAAAUGACAGUUCGGCGACGUUUCUGUUCCUAUAGAAAACCGUGGUAAUGUACAGUCGUCAAAACAAGACGACUGUAACUAUUUUGAGGUGAAGUUAAUAUAAACCGUCAAAGUGUUUCGUUUCGGUGACAGAUACCAGUGGUACAAAGUGUACGAACACGAGGACAGUGUGGAUUCAUCGCCUGGUCGGCCCCUACCGGGGAUGGCAGCCACCACAUAUCUUCCGGCAAGUAGUGCUGUGUCCGAAUUAGACGGUAGCGUUGUCGGUAUGAAUAUUGUCGGUGGCUAUCACUCAAGUGCGUCGCCUAGAUCAGCGGCGGACGCCAGUGAAAUGAAGUACCUGCCUCAACACCAUCACAACCACCAUCACCAUAUGACUAGUUCGCCUUCUCCAGGAAGUCAUGCGGCGAUUUCGUUGUCGGCGGCGAACCCUUGGGUCAGUAGCCUUCAACCUGGAUCUGACCCUUGGGCAGCUUCCAUGGCGGGAAUGCACCACGCUCAUCACCACCACCCACACCAAGAUGUAAAACCCUUAACCCAGCAAGCCGACAUGAUGCACCAUAGGCAGCAACAACAACAAUCCAUGGGAUCUCCACAUUGGCAUGCACCAGUCUCUUCAGCUCAUUAUAACCCAGGAGGUGCAGGUUCACCUCUUCAACAAUACCAUGCAGCUAUGAACGGUAUGCUGGCGCAUCACCAAUCACCCCAAUUACAUCAUCCCCUUCAUAGAGACAUGCAAAGUCCGCAUCAGCCCCAUCAUCAAGACCGUGAUGUUAGUGGUGGUGAAGACGAAACUCCGACUAGUGAUGAUCUUGAAGCCUUCGCUAAGCAAUUUAAACAAAGACGUAUUAAGUUAGGUUUUACGCAAGCGGAUGUUGGUUUGGCGUUAGGCACCUUGUAUGGAAACGUUUUCUCCCAAACUACGAUAUGUAGGUUUGAAGCCUUACAACUGAGCUUCAAGAACAUGUGCAAAUUGAAACCGCUGCUGCAGAAAUGGUUGGAAGAGGCUGAUUCGACGACGGGGUCUCCGACAUCCAUCGAUAAAAUUGCAGCGCAAGGUAGAAAAAGGAAAAAACGCACUAGUAUCGAAGUCUCGGUGAAAGGUGCUUUGGAACAACAUUUCCACAAACAACCUAAGCCCUCUGCUCAAGAAAUUUCCUCGUUAGCUGAUAGCCUGCAGUUGGAGAAAGAAGUUGUGAGGGUCUGGUUUUGCAACCGGCGACAAAAAGAGAAGAGAAUGACACCACCAAACACGUUAGGUGGUGAAAUGAUGGAAGGCAUGCCUCCGGGUGGACACAUGCACCCUGGUUAUGGCCAUCACCCGGACAUGCAUGGGUCGCCCAUGGGACAGCAUUCGCAUUCUCACAGCCCUCCAAUUUUAUCUCCCCAAGGAAUGGGCCAUCAGCUGACGGCCCACUAGCACACAAACCACUGGGCCUCCAUUCUCCAACGUAGCGAGAACGGAUAAAAUGCCAAAAACUCGAUCCAAGUGCGCAUAAAAGUCACUUAAACGUCUUCCGACGGACUCUGUUUUAAUGCUACCUCAACAAUUUGAACAAACGCCGCGCAAGGAGGUUCUAGUGGUUUACAUUAGUUAAGGACUGAAAUAAAUUAAAGACUUUGUUUAAUCACUGAUUGUGGCACAAGUGCAUUUGAUACUCGAGUCAAGGCAAGUCUUUGGGUAAGACGUUGAUUAGAUUAGCUGAAACUUUUCCAUUGAUUUUUCGGACUGUUGUAGUCUCUUUUGAGCAUUUACUUAAAUAUACCGUCUUUUUUGCACUUCAUUAGCUUUUCAGCUCAUAUUGAGUUGGUCAUCUCGAAAUAAUAGUUUUUUUAGAAUGUCUAUCAUUUGAUAUUUGUGUUACAAUCAGAAGGAGUGAGUUAUCUGUCGUUCAGCACCCUUCACGUACAGAACUCAAGACUCCCUAGUCGUACAUAAUUGUAAAUUAGAUGUAAAUAAGAAGAGUGAUAAUAUGCUGUUAAAGCAAGUGUAAUAUAUUGAUAUUUUAGAUGCAUACAUUUGUAAAUUAAAUUCGAACACAGAGACUGUCGUCGGUUGAUAUCAGUUUUUACAAUUCGAGUUAGAAUUUUGAUGUAAAUAUUAUAUAAUGUCUGUUUUUGAUAACAGAUUUAUUCGUUAUUUAUUAUUCUGACUGUUUGGAUGAGGUUACCUAAGUCAAAAUCUUGUAAAUGUUUAAUUGAUUAAAUUUCAACAUUUUU